GACCCAGUGAAGAGAGCUGCGCUCUUGGCUGCGAAGACCAAAGCGAAAGAAGAGGCAAAUGACAAGACGCAGGAGGCAGAGGACGGCGAGAAGGAUCCGAAGAGGAGGAAGCUCUCCCCCGAGAACGGCGAGAAGGGAGACGAAACAAAGGACGAGGCCACAGAGACGGCGAAAACCGAUGAGGAGUCCAAAGAAGCUGUUGUAGAUACGAAGCAGGACGCCGCAACAGAAGCAAAAGAAGAGACAAAAGAAGAAGCAAAGGAAGACUUGGAGAAAUUCACGGUGCCGCAGCUCAAGGAUAAGCUCCGGGCCGCUGGCCUCAUGGUGUCCGGGAACAAGGCCGACCUCAUCAAGAGGUUGCAGGCAGCCAAGGAGGCGGAAGCCAACAAGACGUCAGCAGAACCGCCUCCAGAGCAGGAGGGCGAGAAGAAGGAAGAAAAGCCAGAUGCGCCAACUGCAGAAGCUGGCAAAGAGGAGGAGAAGAAGGAAGAGGCACAGGACAUGCAAGUGGAUCAGGAAGGCGAAAAGAAAGAGGAGAAAGGUGAAGAGGCAGCUGCUGGAGAAGCAGACAAGGAGGGCGACAAGAAGGAAGAAGCCGAAAGCAAGGAGAUGGAGGCACAGGAGGAGGAGGACAAUGUGGACUACCUCAAGGAGCUGGAUGAAGAAAUUGAGCAGGCGGACAACGACGUCUUCGAGAUUGAAGACGUCACAGACAUCGGUACCGGUGAACCUCUGUUCUUCAACUUUGGGUUCGAGGACUGGGCCCUAUUGAGCCUGCGAUUCGAGCUCCACCUCUUAGCCCACGCCUUCCUUCAUGACUGUGGGGAUCCGGAAAGGUCUGGGAUCUAUCCCGACCACCUUCUCUUCUACUACAACAGGUACUACAAGAAAAGCCUGAACCCGAAAAACUACGGCGUGGAGGGCGUCGAGGCAUCGGUUGUUUUGAUUGCACGUGUUUCUUAUGUGUUCAAGAACAAGAAAGAGGAUAAAGAGGAAGGCGACGAGGAUAGGGCAAUCGUUGCCGCCUUGGACUUUCCAGACAGGGCCCAUGCUUGGUUGGGCAAGGUCUGGGAAAAGGAGUUGGAUGAGAAUGAGCUUCGCGACUCGGAGGUGUUUAGCACUUUGGACGCGAAGAAGGCCGCGUUUCUGUUUUCCCUCUUGCUGCCACUCCUUACCGCGUUGGACAUGGGUAAUUGCGCAGCAAAGGAGACGGUGAUUGCUCACAACGAGGUGGUCCUGAACAUCUAUGACGUCAAUGCCGGCACAUUGCAGACCUACGAUGCUGAGGACGUGGAGAAAAACGGCAGGGUGUACCACUGCAUCGGCAACGGGUUCUUCCACGUCGGCUGUCAGGUUGGCGAAGGAACGGAGUGGGCGUAUGCAUUCUGUGAGCAGGGCAGCGGCAUCUUCAAGUCUUCACCGAAGGAAAACCCGAUGAAGAAGAGGCUGCUGAGAUCCUCUAUGGAAG